AUGACGACCUCGGCCCUGCGACGGCAGGUCAAGAACAUUGUACACAACUACUCGGAGGCUGAAGUGAAAGUGCGCGAGGCGACCUCCAAUGACCCUUGGGGUCCAUCCAGCUCUCUGAUGUCGGAGAUCGCCGAGCUGACAUUUAGCGUAGCCGCAUUCAGCGAGGUCAUGGCCAUGGUGUGGAAACGCCUCAACGAUCACGGCAAGAACUGGAGGCACGUCUACAAGGCCCUGACUCUGCUUGACUACUUGGCUAAGACGGGUUCAGAGCGCGUAGCGCAGCAAUGCCGUGAAAAUGCCUUCACCAUCCAGACGCUGCGCGACUUUCAGUACGUGGACCGGGACGGGCGCGAUCAAGGCGUGAACGUGCGUGAGAAGGCCAAGCAGCUGGUGGCAUUGCUCAGGGAUGAGGAUAGGCUCAGACACGAGAGGGCGCUGGCGCUCAAGACCAAAGAGCGGUUAGCAAGCGCAGGAGGAGGUGGAGGGUCAGGUACAGUUCCUCCUUCAUACCCGAGCAGGAGGAGCAGCCAGCCAAGCAUGGCAGCGCUAUACGGAGAGGAGUUCAGUCGCUCCAGAGGCUCUCCAUCCUCCUUUACAUCAUCCCCCUCAUCUCCGAGAGCAUCUGACCUGGAGCACUCUCGCCCUCAAACCAGCGGAGAGGAAGAGCUGCAGUUACAACUGGCACUUGCCAUGAGCCGAGAGGAGCAUCGCAGAGGUCAAGAGGAUGAAUCCCAAGUUGAGAAAGCUGUAGACAAGAGCAGGAGGGGCAGUGAAUCUGGACCCGGGGAGUCAGCCAUGAUUGAUCUGGUUGACAUAUUUGGACCAUCUGGACAAUCUGAAGUGCCGGCCAGUGAUGAUCUCUGGGAUACCCAGCCCUCCUGCCCUUUAACCUCUGAUCCCUGGGAGUCUGUAGCUGUGGGUAACACCAGUACCCCUGUAGCUGAUAGUCCAUGGAAACCCAACCCCUCUUCCAGUAGCCCAGAGCACCACUGGAUUACAAACCAAUCUCCACCAGACCCAUGGGGAACCCUGCCCCCUAAGCCCACAUCUAAAUCAGCAGAGCAACCAUGGAGGAGUCCAGUUCGGCCAGCCUCAGCAGGGGUUGACCCAUUUUCCAUUCGUGAGGAAGAGGAACCUGGAGACAAACGACCUAACAGUGUGUUCAGUCCUCGCUGUGAGAGUCCAGCAGAUAUAGACCCAUUUGCUGACUUGGUGGUGGGUGGGCAGGUAAAUGGCAGAGUUGAGACAAGUUCGGUGACCUCUGACGGUGCUCAUCUUGGUCCCCCACUGGAUUCAGUGGCCCCUAGAAAGUGCUGUACACCUGAGGCUUUUCUUGGCCCUACAGCUGCAUCACUUGUCAACCUAGACACAUUGAUUCCCUCAAAGCAGCACUCACAAACGCACACUCUCAACCCCUCCAAUAUACCGGCAAAGAGCAAGAACCCCUUCCUGUCAGGUCUGAGUGCUCCAUCGCCCACGAACCCUUUCCACUGUGACCAACGCAGACUGACUCUGAAUCAGAUGCGUCCGAACUCCACUUCCCCAUUGCCUGCCCAUGCUUUGCCUGGUGCUCUUCCCUACAGUGCCUCUCUUCCUCUCCCCUCAUCCCAAAACACACCCCAGCCUCUGGACCUGCCCCCUAACCUUCCCCAGCCCUUGUUGCCCCUCUCCUCAAUGCCCCGCCUCCAAACAGCCCCCCAGCUCCAGAGCCACAGCAACAAUCCCUUUCUCUGA